UCGUGGUUUGAAAUAUUGCAGUGCAAUCCCUUAACGAUUUUUACGACAAAACUGUUUCGUCAGAAUGUCUGCAAUACCGAGUCCUCCUUAACCGUCUGCCCAAAUCUGUUCAUUUGAGAAUGUGUCCAUAAAUUUCCGUGUGCAUACGAUCAUAGUCAUACAUUUCCGUCAGCCUUCCACUUUUUGGACUUUGCAACCGCCAUUUUCCCUAGAAUGUAUCUGAUCUGAACGAACUGUACCCCAACGCCUUCCCCCUUCACUAUAGAGGGUGUUUCAGUGAUUGUAGAAUUUUUCCUGGAAGCACCCAUUGCCGUACGAGGUUUUUUUUUUGUUAGUCCAUACAUAAACCGAACUUGGCCCAUUGGAAGUGGUCUCAGUGAUAAUUUAUCCAUCAAUCUUCCGCCACUGAUCGAAGAAAAUUGAAGCACUCUCGAGCGCAAUGCGAGCCGGUGGUACAAUAUACUGAUCAUGUCCGUGCAUUACAAGUUCAAGUCCACCAAGGAUUUCGACACGGUAUCCUUCGAUGGACUCCACAUCUCAAUUGCUGAUCUCAAGAAGGCUAUAUUUCACCAAAAACGUCUUGGUAAAAAUACGGAUUUCGAUCUUCAGAUAACUAAUGCACAAACGAAAGAGGAUUACACCGACGACAAUGCCCUGAUAGCAAAAAACACGAGCUUGAUAAUAGCUCGAAUUCCCUUGACAGUUCAGCAGAAAAGGUCUUGGGAUCGCAAUGAGCCCCAAUCAUUCUCAAACGCCAAAGAUGAAUCUGGAAUGGGGCACACAGUGGACCUCACCAGAUUGGAUGGUUCCGAGGAGGAUAAAAUUCGUGCCAUGAUGACGCAAUCCACCCAGGAUUACGAUCCCUCUAACUACAUGAAAAUUCGUGGAGCAAAUCAAACUGGUGAGGUGCCGCCGAACUACAGAUGUUACAAGUGUCACCAGCCAGGUCAUUGGAUAAAGAAUUGUCCACUGGGUGCGACUCAAGAGCCCAUUGAAAUUAAAAAGAGUACCGGAAUACCGAGGAGUUUUAUGGUGCCUGUCGAGGGCCCACUGGUGCCCGGUGCCAUGAUGACACCCACUGGACAUUACGCUGUCCCAGCGAUUGAUCACCAGGCUUACAAGGAGGGCAAGAAGGAGAGGCCUCCAUUCUUUCAAGAUCCUGAACCAGCUGCUGAAAAACCCGAGAUUCCUGAGGAUCUGAUUUGCAGUAUUUGCAAAGAUUUAUUGACUGAUGCGGUCAUGGUCCCAUGCUGUGGAAAUUCUUACUGUGAUGAAUGUAUACGAUCGUCCCUCCUGGAAUCAGAGGAACAUGAGUGUCCAGGCUGCAACGAGAAAGACGUGUCCCCAGAGACACUCAUCCCGAACCGCUACCUUCGUGGAAACGUCCUCCAGUUCAAUAACAAAACUGGCUACGCCAAGAAGACACCCUAUCCACCAUCUGUUAAGCCUCUAGCUCCAGUUGUCGAUAAUGAGAAAACUGAGGUAAUUCAGCGCGAAUCUCUUCAAGAACCCCCGAAGGAGAGUCUACAUACCGAAGACCCACCACCAGGAACCUUAGAUGAAAAAGAAUCUACACCUGUGCGGGAAAUACCCGAACACGUCGUGCCACCAGUUGCUGAUGAAGACUCUGAAGUAGUUCCACCACCCCCACCUGGCACUGAGCCAUUGCUCCCAAUUCCAUCGGCGAGCAAAUCCCCUGAGAAAGAGAGUGAUUCUACUGAGGUCCACUGCUCCGAAAGACGGGAGCACGAAGAUGAUUAUGGCGGUGAUUAUGGAGGAGAUUACGAUGAUUACGAGGAGGACAGAAGAUCCAGGGAUCGUCACAGGAGUUACAGCAAAGAGGGAAUUCGCGACAGGACUGGGGAUGGGGGAAGACGAAUUGAAAAUAUAAGAUCUAUGAACAGGAGGAGAUCUUUAUCCCCCAGGCAGAGACAGGAUUACCAGACUCAUGGGACACCACUUCCUCACAUGAUGAAUCAGUCAAAGGGUUAUCAGAAUAUGCCAACUGGUAAUCAAAGAUAUUCGAGCAUGCAUUAUGAUUCUCAAUUGAGGAGAUCGACUGAAGAUCGCCCUGGAACACCUACUGUCGAUGAGCCCCAUCUGCAUUCACAGACAUCUGUAAAUCAAGCCCCCCUGCUGCCAUAUCCACCUGGUGAAGAAUGUAUACCGCCCCCACCACCUCAAAAUUAUAAUCAACCACCCCCAAGAAUGGCUCCUCACAAUCCUCCAUUAUUACCCGAUCCGUACAUGGGCCACAGAAUGCCCAUGUAUCCCCAUCAGCAGGGGCCACACUAUGGGCCACCUAGGUAUGACAGGCCACCGUAUCAACAGACUGGCUACAGAUCUUCUCAGCCACCGAGAAAUUACAAUGGACCCCCGAGGCCAAUAAGGGGAAUGCAUCAUCGAGGAUAUCGAGGCAUGCAGCCGCCACCCCCCGGACUCGGUCGAAACAUGCAUAAUGGGAAUCCACCUGGAGUUAUAGAUGAUCCUCUGGAGGCAUUUGAGCGAAUGCUGCGGGAAAAAGAUGAGCGAGAUAGGAGGCUAGGUAAACACAGGAGACGCUCCAGAACUCGCUCAAGAUCACGCAGUUACACGAGAUCACGUUCUCGUUCAUUUAGUCGCCGUUCACCACUACCAUCUCGCAUGAGUAGGUCGAGAAGUCCCCCGCCAAAGAGAAGGCCCUCAAGAUCACCACCACCUCGGCGUAGCAGAACGCCAAAGCGGAGGUCUCGCAGUGGAAGCUUCUCUAUCAGUCGGUCAAGAUCGUAUUCUCGUAGUCAAUCCCCGAGAGGUUCGAUCUCAAGGGAUCGAGAACGGGAGAGAGAACGCGAUAGGGACAGGGAGCGUGAUUUGCCUCCACGGUACAGAUCCCCUGUUAGAUCACCUCCGAGAUUCCAAAGAGAUCGCGAACGCGACCGAGAUCGUGGCAGAUCCCGUGAGCCUCCCCGUGAGUCUCGUGAACAGUACAGCAGUUAUUACAACGAUUCAUCGGCAAAUGAGUACGGUUUUCGUGAGCGUGAACGUGACAUAUCAAAUCGUGAAAGAGGGCCACGUUACCCUCCCCGGAAUCAAACGACUCCGCACAAUAUACCACCAUUGCUAUCACACGCAAUGCCACCAAUGUCAAUGGGUGCAACACAACAACCGGAAAGGAAAGACUAUUAUGAUUCCUACAACAGUAGGUAUGCUGGUGGACUCCCCCAGAGAUUGAACAGUCCUCCUCGUGAUCACAAGCGUUUCGAUGAUGUCGCUCCACCGGGAACUGAGGGAUAUUACGAUUUGCCACCACCCGGAGUUGAUCAUCCCGAGAGGUCCAGAGAGGAUCGUGAAAGGCCAAGAGGGAUCAAAGAUGUUGAGGAUCAUGGAAAGGUUGGAGAUGGCGAGGAGAGACUGCGGGAGGAUAGGGCUCGGGAUCGUGAUCGAGACAGGGAAGAGCGGGAUCGUCGCCCGUUGGAAAGGGAUCGAGAUCGAGAUCGAGAACGUGACCGUGAGAAAGAGGAUCGGGAUAAACCAGUUGUACGUGAGAAGGACGACAGAAAGGAAAAGGAAAGAGAGCGUGAGGACAGAUAUCCGCGAGACCGUAGAGAGGAGGACAGACAACCAGACAGAAGGGACUACGAUGCGACUCGUUACAGAGACGAACGAGAUCGUCACAGGGUUGAGGAGAAGAGCCGGGGCCGCGAGAAAGAUCGAAAGGAUCGCGACUACGAGUCCGAGAAAGAUCGAGAUCGACACGAGAGGCAUUCAGCCGACCACAAAAAAUCAAAGAAAAGCUCGAGUCCUCAUCUACCGAAAUCCCGAUCCGAGAACAAGGACUCUUCUCCAGAGAGAUCUAAGAAGAAGGAGAAGGAUCACGAGGAGAAAUCCGAGGAGAAGAAGAGGGAGAAGAAGAUUAAGGAUAAGAAGAAGAAGAAAGACAGUGAGGAAAAGGAAAAGAAGAAGAAAAAGAAAAAGGAGAAGAAAACACUGAGAGAACAGGCGAAGAGUGAACAUGCUAAGUUGGAAGCUGACACUGAUUUUACACUCGAUGGCAAACAAGACACUCCCUCAGAUCUCAAGCCAGAAGCCGAGAUGAUCGAACAGAUUCCAGAGGAAUCUAUUGAGGCCAGUGCUCCAGUGUCAACUCCAAUGAGAACUGAUUUUGAGGAGAAGUCAUUGACAAUUAAUCCAGAGCCUCCAGAAUUGUCUGGACAAGAUCCCCUCCAACAAUUAGACUCCGAACACAUUCAAAAUCCUCCUAACCCCAACUUCAAGCCCAUCCCAGAGUUGAAAGCUGAAAUGAAGCCGACAGAGAGUCUUUAUGGUGGGUUGGAUGACACAGAGAUUAAUACCGUGAUAACAGUUAAAUACGCCCUUCUCCCUGAAGGCGACAAAGUAAUUAAAACCGAGAGUUUGCCCGAGUCAUCUCAGAAUCCAGAAGAAUCAGCGUGUAGCACGUCUGCAACAAGAGCAAGUCCCCCUCGCGAGGAGAAAUCUCCGAAGAAGGACGAGUUUCUGGCGCCACUGCCAGAACUUUCGAAGUGGGAACGUGACGAUACCACCGAGAAAUCCGACGAGAAUAUCCUGGUGUCACCACAACCCCCAGAACCAUCCACUGACGAAUUCAAGUGUACGAAAGUCGUGACCUCGGAGGUCCUCAAACGCGCAGAGAACGCUAUAUUCCAGAAAGCCAUUAAUGCUAUUAGGCCAAUCGAAAUAAAAAAGAUAAGCGAAAGUAGAAAGAUACUUUAUCAGAAUCCCGAGCCAAAGAUAGUAGAGCCAGAGCCUAGUCGUGAGAGGAAAAGUGUUAAUGUGACGAUAAAUGUUGGAAGAAAUGAGAGAAAUGUUGAGAUCACUGAGCCGGUGAAGAAGGGCAAAUUGGAUAGGUCAAAGUUCAAGGGUGAAUCACACUCACCAACGAGACUAUCGGCUAAGGAGAGGCUGGGGGACAAGAUCGAGGACGAUAAAGAGAAGAAACCGAUUAUUCGGCAACUGGGGGAUAAAAGGGAGCUGAAGAGUGAUGAUCGAAAUAGAUCGAAAUCACCGAAAAUCCGAGAGAGGAAGAUAUCGCCGUUGCUUGAUAGACGGGUGGAUCCACCGUUGUCAUUGAACAGUGACCGAAAGGUCUUUCUUGAAGACAGAAAGCACAAGGGUGUACGCUCGAGGGAUGAGAGUGGCGGGAGGGUUGACAGGCUCGACCCCAGGGACUCCAAAGUCGAGGGUAAGGCCGAGUUGAGACACGGAAGGAAUGACUACAGGUCGGAGUCUCGUGGAGAAAGGGAUCGAAGAGGUAGAACGCCUCCUUCACACAAGAGAGAGGACAAACCAAAUCCCUUGAAGCGCAAGUCCGAGGAGCUGGAGUCUGAUAAGAAGAAGGAGAGAAAAGCUCGGGAGGAGAAGAAAAGGAAGAAAGAGCACAGGAGUCGCAGCAAGUCUCGAGAACGCAAGAGGAAGAAGGAUAAGAAGCACAAGAAGGACAAAGAGAAGUCACUGGAAAAGAAACAGAAGCACAGGGAUGAGAAGGGACAAGGGGGUGAUGAGAAAAUGGUAUCUGAAGGAAAUCCCGGGGACGAGCCGGUCCUCAAGAAAAUGAGGAAAAAUCCCAAACUGAUUUCUGAUCGUAAGCGCUCGGUUCUCGAUGAAGCGAGCUUCGAGCCCGAUUAUUCAGCAUCUGACUCAGAGAGUGAAGGAGAGGAGGGAAAGACUGGGAAGAAGCCGAAGCUCGAGGAAAUGCCGGAGACCAGUGAGAGGGAGAACGAGACCAAAGUGGUAAAGAAAAGGGUCAAAUCCAGCUCCGAUGAUGACUCAAGUUCCACUGAGAGUUCCUCCUCAGACUCUGACAGUUCCGAGGACUCGCACAGGAAGCGCAAGAAGAAGCAUAAGAGGCAUAAGAAGAAGAAAAUGAGAAAGGACAGCAGCAGUGAUAGUGACUCUUAUUCGGAUUCGUCUGACUCCAGCUCCGAGGAGGAGAGGCACAAGAAAAAGUCAAAAAAAUCGAAGAGUAAAAGCAAACAAUCCAAGAAAAAGAAGAAAUCCAAACAUAAAUGACGUCGUUAGGCUAAACGCAGGGGUGCGUUCAACUGUGGUUUCAUUAAAGAAUUUUUAAUGAAUCUUAAGUGACUCGAUACAAUAUUCAGCGUCGAGCUCCACACCCGAGAGCAAUGAUAGUGGUCUAUCGUGUAAUUUAGUUAUUUACUUUUCAGGGGAAUACUUUUCAAUAUUUUAUUUAUUCUUUCUCUUCUGUUUAAUAAGGAUUGAGUCUUGAAUGGAUGCUGUGCAAAUAAAUCCGAUUGAUAGUUCCAUAUGAUGUGAGAAACCCAAUAGAGUUGAUAUUAUCAUAAUUAUAUUGUACUUUCAUAAUGUUUUGGCGAUAUUAUAAAGAGAAUAAAGAGAGUAGUUCUGUAAAAAAUAAA